AGACGUGCUGGAGCGAAACGGUCACGCCAGGCUAUUUCAGUCCAUGUGAACUCAAGCGUACAGCGUCAUGCUUGGAUUGUUAAGUAACCUGUGCUUCCUGUGUGUGCUGGCUCUCGUGCUACAAGACACGCUGGCCUGUGACCUUGGCACCUACCAGAUUGACCCAAGCAACGUGACCAGCUACCUCCAGUGUGACAACGGAGUGUGGUUGAGCAGGCCCUGUGCACCCGGCACCGUGUACUGUGGAACUGGCGCCACCUGCGACUACGCGUCUGCAACAUGUGACCAAUCGCAGUACACAACAACUGCUGCUCCUACGACCGUAACUACAUUUAAUCCGCCAACAACAACACUGCCCCCAACAACUGCUCCGCCCACAACUGCUCCGCCCACAACUGCUCCGCCCACAACUGCUCCGCCUACAACUGCUCCGCCCACAACUGCUCCGCCCACAACUGCUCCGCCCACAACAGCCCCGCCCACAACGACAGCCCCGCCCACAACGACAACCCCGCUCACAACGACAGCCCCGCCAACAACGACAGCCCCGCCCACAACGACAACUCCACCCACAACAUUACCUUACAGAUACCAUUACCUGAUCCCAAACCUCCUGUACUCGUCCACCCUCGGUAAACCGGAAAGGACGCUAGUAAUCACAACAACGGGCCUGGUCACGUGGGGAAUACCGACUCUGAUUUCCAUCACCUUUGUACCUUCCACAAACACGACCUCAGCAGCCUUGACCUUCUUCAACCCGACGUUUCAGCUUCGACUUCCGGAUCCCUCGCAGACGAUCUCAAAUUCCUCCGGCGUUUUCAACUCCGUGAUCGACGUCGCUUCCACCGAUGACGUCAGCGUGUUCUUCAUCCAGCACGUGGCCGCACGCACGUCAUCGCUGGCCGCCAUCUUGCCCACGACUUCCGCCAGGCUCUGGUACGUCGUCAUCAGCGGUCCACAGACUCCCAACGUAAACUACAACAUCCUGCGGUUUUAUUGUGUAGUUUUAGCAGUUGAAAACGCCACGAUCGUACAGGCCAAGUUCCCCGGUGGCAUGACGUCACCUUUGACCUUCACCUUGGAUGGGAUCGGGGUGACCGGCCCCAAGCAGGUUGGGUUUUCUAUGGACGCCCUGGAGGGAGUUUUGCUACAGGCUGGCGUGGAUCUGUCUGGGACUUUGUUGGAAUCUCAGAAACCUGUGCUGGUCUUUGCUGGCACUCAACAGGUCAGCGAUGACGUAGCCAGUCCGGAUGAGACGUGGAACACGGAGCAACUACUUCCGGUUGACGUUGCCGGAAGUGAUUACGUCACGAUACCGUCAUUCGACUCGUCGUCUGUGAUUACAUACAUAGUUGUCUCUAUCAUGGGAAACACAACAGUCGAGGUACCAGAGCUUCUAGACUAUUCCUCUCCCGGCCGCAGCUUCUUAACCAGCCCAGGGGAUAUCCUCCAGUUCCGUCUGACGCCCACCCAGAGGUUCCACCUCAUCAGAUCCGACCGGCCAGUCCUGCUGACGCAAGUCACCGAGUCAGUCAACGCGUCAGUCACCCAUGACUUGAGCUCCUGCGCAGUCAACCUGUUACCACGAGCUGCCUGGGCCAGUAACUACUCCUGGACGACGCCAUCUUUUCUUUACAACGCUUCCGGUUUCUCGGCUUACCUCUUCGUCGUCAUGCACGCCAACGCGACGUCACAGUUCCGGGUCAACGGCUCGGCCGUGACCUCAGUCACGUGGGUGAAUGUUUCUUCCGGUUUGAAGGAGAGUGGAUUAGUGGGCGGUUACCUAAAGAUUGACGUCUUUCAUCAUUGGAUAGAUACUAACCAAUCAAAUGCGAGAUUCGCUGCUUACCUGUACAUUUCCGGUACGGGGAUAAAAAUGUGUACAUCCUUAGCUCAUCUUAACAAGCAGAAUGUUUCAAACCUAGUGGUCAACUGGUCGUAUGCAGUUCAGCAACAAAUUCAAUACGGCUUUGACGAAAUCUCCACAACCACAACAGACGUCACGACUUUUGAGUCUACGUAUAGCACCCUGCAGACGACCUCUAGCGACGUGUCUACAUAUAAAACCGACCCGACGACAUCCGGCGGUGACGUCACCGUACCGGAAACGACUUCGAGUAGUAAUCCCAACAGCACUUCCGAGUGCGACCUAUGGGUUGCGACUUCCGCCAAGUUGAACCUAACACAGUCGGAAAAGGAUGAGUUGCUGGCCAAAAUAAAAACGUACCUGUUCGUCAACCCUAAGGACACGUCGGCCUACAGGAGGACUCUGGAGUCCACCCCCGACAACAGACCGGUCAGUACCGGAAUAGGAAUCUCUGGGAUAAUGUUCCUGGUUUCGGUUGGCCUGUGUUUGUUGAUUUCCGACUUGAUAAAUGUUAUUUCCUGUUUUAAACAAAGCAGCCAAUCAAAGAGGUGA